AUGGUCUCUGGGCUACACCCAUCAAGUGUAGUCCAGAGACUGAUUGGAGAAGAAACCGUUUCUCGUCCAUCAGAGGAACAACAGGUUGUACUCGACAAGUAUAAUGACGCCAAAGUGGCUCAAAGUCGUCAGAAAGACGACAAGACCAUUGAUGAGAAGACACAGCUGCAUAUCCACGAUCCUCUCGACUACCAGGGCGGAUCAUUUCUGCAUGCACCUCGUGAUCUGGAUGUUGACUUUCACUCCGAGGAUGGUCCCGACAAGUGCUUCCUGCCCAAGCGCUGCAUACACACAUGGACUGGCCACACAAAAGGCGUAUCGGCAAUCCGAAUAUUUCCCAACUCCGGCCACUUACUCCUCUCAGCCAGUAUGGAUAGUAAAGUCAAGCUUUGGGAAGUAUACAACGAUCGUCGGCUGGUACGUACGUACACAGGCCACAGCAAGGCUGUACGUGACAUCUCAUUCAACAACGAUGGAACGCGGUUCCUCACGGCAUCCUAUGACCGCUAUGUGAAGAUGUUUGACACAGAAACCGGUCAGUGCAUAGGUCGCUACACACCAAAGAAAAUCCCGUACUGCGUCAAGUUCAACCCAGAUGAGGACAAGCAACACAUCUUCUUGUGUGGAACUUCAGACAAGAAGAUAGUCCAGUGGGACACGACAAGUGGUGACAUCAUGCAGGAGUAUGACCGUCAUUUGUGUGCCGUCGACACCAUCUCGUUUAUUGAUGACAGCAAACGAAUUGUCUCAACAUCCGAUGACAAGAGUGUGCGAGUCUGGGAAUGGGAAAUCCCCGUGGACAGCAAGUACAUAGCUGAGCCGUCCAUGCAUGCAGUAUCAAGUGUGGGCAUGUCGCGCAACAACCGAUGGAUGGUCUGCCAGAGCUCCGACAAUCAGAUACGCGUCUACGAUGCAGCACACAAGAUGCGCCUCAACAAAAAGAAGACCUUCAAGGGGCACAAGCCUCCUUCACCCGGGUCCUGAACCUGAGUAUCCAGAAUCGAGCUUCCCUUUCCUAAGCGUCUGGAAAACCAUGUAAUCAAGUGAUCAUUACAGGCAUCGAAUUUCACACCAUGGCUAUGGCUUUUCUGUGAGCUACAUGUAUACCAUGGUAUACCGGUACUUCAACAGAAGUAUGAAAACACGUUCCUGUGUUUACCUGCUCAGCAACCGCCAGAAGCAAUCAGGUGCUUCUCAAACGCGGAGUCCCAGCAUUAGUUCACAACGGAUUUUCAGAUUUGGAAGGGCCUCAGUUGUUUUUCAGGAAGCACAAAGCGCCAGUAGCUGUCUAUGUUACCAGUGCGCAAGUAACUUUUCUCCUAAAUCUACGCCGAGGUAGCUCAAAUGCCAGGUUCGGCAUUGGACCGACAGAAUGACAAUCAACAGUGCGAUCUCAAGACUGUGUUCAAAGUGAAAAAUUUGCUCGCUUUGUUGUGGAUGUGGCGACGAUUGUAAACUAGAACACACGGAAAGGUGGCCGGUAGGGGCUGGCCGAACCAACCUACUUCAUGGAAAUCGGAAUUUUUUUAGUCCGACCUCACCAGAAGGAUGUAGCAGUGGGGUUUAGGUGACCUCCCAGGGAAACUUUGGAAAAAAAUCAAGCCAAAUUGUGGUUUUUGAGGGCAUUUGCCACCCUUGCAUGAUAAAAUGUGAGGCUCAGUAAAAUUCAAUAUGUGGGUACCCAAGGAGCAAAAAAAGAAAAGAAAAAGAACGGCUAGAACACCCAAAUAUUGGUCCAGCUUUGAUGCACAUGUACUUGUAGCACCUGCCGCCACCUCUGCAAAAGUCAAGUUGAGCACAGUUACCAACGACAUUCACAUGCACAAGGGAUAUAGCUGGCACGGUGGUAGCUGUAAGGCUAUCAUCGAACAGGACCAGGUCCAGAUGCUUAAUGGACGGGAUUGGGUGCAUGCACUUCGAAGUACAAUAGUAACAUUGGACGAGCAGUGACUCGAGCGCGGCUGGUGCAGCUGAGCCUACUACAGUGCCAGUGGUGAGAGCGGGGUUGAAGUAUGUUUGGUGUUGAAGUCACUCAGCGGUGUUUUCUCACCAAUUUCCAUUGAUGUGGGCCUGGUGUACAUGUCACAGUGCAUUUUAUGACUGUGGAAACACGGGUACUGAGAUGUGUUUCUUGCU